AGAAGGCCAGCCCACAGUUAGAUGUUAUCCCGUUUGAGCUCAGGAACGGUCGGCCUAGCGACGGAAUCGCUAGCUUGGAGGGCGCUGGACCAGAAGAUAUCAACUCUUGGGACGACCUUGUUCUGUUAUGAGAAAACAUGAUAAAGCCUUCUGAAUUAUCUUUAGAGAUCCCACCAUCCACCUUGAAUCCAUCGUCUUGUUUCUGGUUCCUGUCUUCCAUUGGUUAUAGAUCUUGUAAAGCAAUUGGCUUCCCCUCCCUCACUCCUCUCCAAAUCUGUUCACUUGGUUUAUUUGGGUGGCAGGUAAAGAACGGGGUCUCCAAUCUUUCCCUGUUCUUUCACUGGAGUGGGAGGUGGGGAAGCGGUCUUGUAUCUGCCGCUCCUAGAGGUUGAUAGAUUGUUCAUUCUUCGCCUAGGGAAAAGGAGAAGGAAAGAAUGGCAGAGAAGAGGAUGGGAAACAUUAAUAGCCGAGGUUGCUCCCCGGAGGCACCCCCGGUUCCAGGCCUGAUGACUAAUUGCAAGCCUUGCAAGCGGUCUGCAGCACGCGGCUGCUGCGUGGUUACAGACGCCACCAGAGACUUGUGGGAUAAGCUCUUUGCUGAAGGCUACCAAGCGGAUGUUUUUGUCUGCACGAACGAAGGCGUCAUCCCGGCCCAUGCAAGCAUUCUCGGCACGGCUUCGCCGGUGAUGAAGAACAUGUUGAGGCAGUCGAGAAGGGCCGAGGAGGCCGUCGAAAAGGCCAUCUCUAUCCGCGGGGUUCCUCACCAUGCUGUCAGGGUCUUCCUUCGCUUCCUCUACUCAUCAUGCUAUGAGCAGGAAGAGAUGAACCAAUUUGUGCUGCACCUGCUGGUACUAUCGCAUGUGUUUGUGAUCCCCACGCUGAAGAAUCUCUGCGUCCAGCAGCUAGAGAGAGGCCUGUUGACUACUGAGAAUGUGGUUGAUGUCUUCCAGCUAGCAAGGCUUUUCGAUGCUCCGCGGCUCUGCCUCCUCUGCCACCGGAUGAUAGUGAGGAACUUCGAGGCGGUGUCUGCCUCCGAGGGGUGGAAGGUGAUGAAGCAAAGCAACCCAAGGCUGGAGAAAGAACUUCUGGAGUCGGUGAUCGAUGCUGAUACGAGAAAGAAUGAAAGGUUGAAGAAACUAGAGGAGAGAAAGAUCUAUCUCCAGCUACAUGAGGCCAUGGAGGCCCUUGUUCACAUCUGCAGAGAUGGAUGCCGGACGAUUGGGCCUCAUGACAAGGUUCUAAGGCGAAGUGCAGACCCUUGCAACUUCCCGGCUUGCAGAGGACUAGAAGCACUCGUUCGACACUUCGCUGGCUGCAAGAACCGAGUCCUCGGUGGCUGCACUCACUGCAAGAGGAUGUGGCAACUGCUUGAACUCCACUCUCGGCUAUGCUCGCAAGUUGAUGGAUGCAAAGUUCCCCUCUGCAGGCAUUUCAAGGAGAAGUUGAGGCAUCAGAAUAAGAAAGACGAGGUGAAGUGGAAGCUGUUGGUGAGCAAAGUGCUCGAGGCAAAGAGCUUCUCUGGAGCACCCUUCUUACAAUCUAUGGUUGCUGUGUGCGCCCUAACGUAGUGUCACCUCCAUUGGAGAUACCUUACAAAUAUGCUAUGAAGGUUGUGGUAUAAUGUGCAUGAAUGAAUGAAUGAAUGAACACUCCAUCAAUAUCAACAGUUGGCCAGUUGCACUCACUUCAUUUGUGUUGAUAUUGCAAAUGGAAAUGUACUCUGAGACUCUAAAAUUUGCUGCUUGUGGCAUGCACAAAGCUUCAGGAGUUUAAUUAAUAGACAUGUUGGAUUACAAGGGUCAUCUUAGCUAUAGCAGGAAUUCAUGUGCUAUUUCAUUCCAUUGCUGAUCUUUGUGAAUUCUAAUUAACAGAGGAAAGGCUCUUUAGAAUCAGUUGUUAACCACAA